AUGCACAGCACAUCACAGCGCACAACAGCUACACAACAACUACACCUUUCUCCGGCAUGUACCCCUGUCACGACUAGCUACACCACAGCAGUGGAACAUCCAACACUGCAAAUAUAUGGUCCUGCUGUCCCAUGCAGUCUGGCAAGUGCUGCCACUGCUAUACUCGCACCUCUUGCCAGCACAGUGCACCCACGGUUUGGAGUUGUGUACUGUCCCGUACCCCCCGUCAGCACAGUGCAGCCACAGCCUGGAGUUGCGUACUGUCCCGUACCUCCCGUCAGCACAGUGCAGCCACAGCCUGGAGUUGCGUACUGUCCCGUACCUCCCGCCAGCACAGUGCAGCCACAGCCUGGAGUUGCGUACUGUCCCGUACCUCCCGUCAGCACAGUGCAGCCACAGCCUGGAGUUGCGUACUGUCCCGUACCUCCCGCCAGCACAGUGCAGCCACAGUCUGGAGUUGCGUACUGUCCCGUACCUCCUGCCAGCACAGUACACCCUCAGUCUGGAGUUGCGUGCUGUCCUGUACCUCCUGCCAGCACAGUGCAGCCACAGCCUGUAGUUGCGUACUGUCCCGUACCUCCUGCCAGCACAGUACACCCUCAGUCUGGAGUCGCGUGCUGUCCUGUACCUCCUGCCAGCACAGUGCAGCCACAGCCUGGAGUCGCGUGCUGUCCCGUACCUCCUGCCAGCACAGUGCACCCUCAGUCUGGAGUUGCGUACUGUCCCGUACCUCCUGCCAGCACAGUACACCCUCAGUCUGGAGUCGCGUGCUGUCCUGUACCUCCUGCCAGCACAGUGCAGCCACAGCCUGGAGUCGCGUGCUGUCCCGUACCUCCUGCUGGUAGCGGCUCCGUUACAGCAGACAAGGUGACCAUUGGCCUAAAAGAAAAAGGCCCACUAAACGCAGACCAGCGACUCGCACUUUACGCCUUGGUCAAGCGCCAAACGGACAACAAUACACUUCUUGUGCCAACUGGAGCCAAGCCACUCCACUUUGUUCAAGUUCCAACAUGCCAAAAGAAGUCGUGUGAUGCCGCAGCAUCAACGGUACAAAAGAGGGCGAAGCUGGUGAGCAACAUCAGGGAACAGAUCAGCGGGGGUGCUGAAGAGCAGCAGAUGGCGGCCGAGCUGCGCCGCCUACCCAGGAGUCAGCUGAGCCGGCUUCUGCAGGAGGGCCGCUUCGCACAGGUCCGCAUCCCAGAUGGCCACCUGCUGGGACUAAAAACAGGACUGAAUCUUAACUGGAGCCAAUGCAGAGACUUGAGGAGAUGGAUGAAGGACUACAACAUUGCUGUAGAGAGUGAAAGGACCUCAAGAAACAUUGCCUCCGAGCUCCUCUCGGCAACGGACGUGAUGGCUGAACAACUGCCGUUCACGACGAAGGACGAGGAGGGAGGCAAGAGGGUGGAGCCGAAACCCUGCGCUUACCUGGUCUCCCUGGUCUCAGCCAUGCAUGACUACCUGGAGAGGAGCAAACAAGCUGGGAAACUGACAUGGCACGGGGGGAAUAUCCCGGAGGACGAGAUAUGGGUAAAGAUUGGAGGGGACCACGGUGGGCCAUCGUUCAAGAUGGCCUUCCAACCACUCAACGUGCUACAUCCCAACUCCAAGACAAAUACCUCAGUCUUUUGCCUCUUUGAGUCAAAGGAUAACAGGGAGAACAUAACGACAGCGCUGGGGAGGUUUAAGGAUGAUGUGAAAACGCUGCAGGAGGAAAUGUGGAGAAGUAAGGAUGGACAGACAUACAGGAUAAAGCUGUUCAUGGCCGGGGAUUACGCCUUCCUGUCAACCAUAUAUGGCAUCUCAGGCGCAGCUGGUACUUUCCCAUGUCUAUGGUGCAAAGUCACCAAGGCUGGGAUUGAUGACAUAGAGAACAGGCGGCUGAGGACCCCUGACAGGACACUGGCCAACAUGGCGGAGAACCUGAGGGCCUUCCUGCAGGAAGGGAGAGGGAGUGUAAAGAAAGCCCAAGAGUACUUCAAUGUCAUUGCAGCCCCUCUGUUUGAGAUCCCUCUUGAGCAGGCAAUUGUGCCAGGGCUGCAUAUAAGCCUUGGCGUUUUCAAGCGGCUUUACGACGAGUUCGAGAGAGCGGUUCAAGAGUUAGACCUCAAGAUCCAGGCCUACCUUCACAGUUUGGUCCUGGCACAGGAGGCUGACAGGGAAGACGUCAAGAAAGACCAGCACCUUAAGCCGUUUGAGCAAUUCAUCAACGUCAUUGACGAUGCUCAAGUGUUCCAGGUCCAGGCGGAUGAGUUGGAUGACCUCGUUGAGGAACAGGAAAACCAGCUGGCCUUCCUAGCCUACGAAAACCAAGAUGUGGACGACGAGUUAGCAGAAGCUGUGUUCAAUGAAGCGACAGCUAUGGUUUCUGAGCUCGUCCAGAGAAGAGACACUCUGAGAAAGAAAGCAUCAGACAUCCUGACCAAGGCCUCAGUGAAACCUGGAAAAGGGCCGUUGGCGAGCCAGUUGGAACCUGUCAUGAAGAGCUUCAAAGUGCACCGGGAGGCAUACCAAGGCAGGACUUUUGUUGGCAAUCAUGUCAACAAGAUGCUAAAUGACAAACCAAUUGAGCAUCUUACAUCCAGUGUGGUGAAGACCAUGGGUGAAAUCUGUGAUGGGAACGACUUCCCCCUGUCCAUUAUCCGAAUGGGGAAGGAGGUGGCUGAGAGACACGAGAAACGUCUGAAGAUGUUUGCAAAAUGCCACAAAGGAUAUGCACACGGCGGCAAGAAGGAGGACAAAGACCUAGACCAGCUAGACCUCGACAUAAAGUCAUUUAUGUCAGAGUACAGGAAAGACUCAAGAUGUGUAAGCCUGAAGAUGCACUUACUUGAGGAGCAUGUGGUCCCCUGUAUUCGCCGCUGGGGCUUCGGCCUCGGCUUCCUGGCGGAACAGGGGAUUGAAGAGGUCCAUGCCCAGUUCAACAGACUUGCACAGUCAACCCGUUCCAUUGCUGACCCUGUCGCUCGACUCAAGUCUACCCUUAAGUCCCAUCUCAUCAAGGUCAGCCCGGACCACACGGGCAAGGUUCCUGCACCUGUUAAGAGAAAGAAGACUGUGUGACUUUGUUAAGCAAGUGAACUUAAUAAGUCAUUAGUUGUUUGUGCUGAUAUGUUGUUCAAAUUUUUGACUUCAAACUGUUUUCAUGAUCUCCCAUAUGGACAGUUUGUCAUUGCUGUAAAAGCAAAUUCUAGACUCUACGAUAGCAUCAUGCCUAACUAUGAGAUAUGAAAUAAACAUGAUGUAAAGUAGACUUACUGGUAUUAUACAAGGCGUUCCUAUAUAUAGCACUUGUAUGAUGUUAUCCAGUUUAAUUCUAAGGACUAAUAUUGAACUAGAGUAACUUAUAUAAAGUAUGUAGCUUGUACCUAAAAUCACACAAGCCUGCAGGGUUCCAGUCAUUCUUCCCCUUCAUGUCUGUGGUAAAGGAGGACCAGCUACCUUGUAAGUUGUAGUUGUACCUGCAGAGAGAUUUCACAGAAACAGACGUUUAGAUCCAACAUGUAUCAGUACUCAAAUUUACUGGUCUUUAAAAAUGUCUAAGUUAACUUGUGAGCAUUUUGCUUCGCUGUCCUCCCACGUGUAAAUGCAACUUGAAAGAAAAUGUUAUAUAUACUUAUUUAUUUAUUUAUUUAUUAUUAAAAUGUUAUAUAAAAUCUAAAAGAACAAAGCUAGGCAAUUCUUGCAAUGUUCCAUGAAACAGUAGGAAAUCUAUGUUGAGCCUUUUAAGGAUAAAAUAAUUAGAAUAUCUUUGUGAUGUAAAUAUCAGUGCGCAUGUAGUUCUUGUUGUCAAUAAACAAGGUAACAUAAUGUU